CGGGAGUGACGCGGAAACGCGGCGGCAGCAGCGGGACUGGAGCCGCACUGAGUCUCCGGUGAGUCUCCGGUAACGGAGCUCUGCGUGUUGCCGUGGAAACGUUUCUUCUUCUGGAAACAUGAAGCUGCGCGAGCCCACCGACUGAACGUGAAGAGCCGACGGAGAGAAACGGACCCCGGUACCGGAGGAGGAGCAGCACCGAGCCGGCCACAACCAAUCAAUACUCUGAUUAUCGAUCCACGUUUUUAACCUGAUCCGGUGAAGAAGAGCCGAGGUUGUCUGACAGGCUUUUAGGCUGCUUGUCAUCAUGCUGCCAUUUCCCCGCCCCUUGCUUCUCCUCCUGCUCCUCGUCCAAUCAGCUGAGUCCUCUGUAUCUGCCGGUAACACCACAGAUGAUCUUCAGGAGGUCACUCUAGCAGCCAUCCUGCCUCAGAAUAACACGGACUAUGCAUGGGCAUGGCCUCGUGUGGCGCCAGCGCUCCACCAGGCGGUGCAGCGGGUGAACUCGGACCCUUUGCUGUUGCCAGGCCUAAAGCUCCAGCUGGUUCACCGCAACUCUGAGAACGGGGAUGGGUUCUGCUCAGACUCCAUUGCUCCACUGGUCGCCGUAGACCUCAAGCUGUCACACGACCCCUGGGCCUUUAUUGGGCCCGGCUGCGACUACUCUUCGUCACCCGUCGCUCGCUUCACCACGCACUGGGAUGUUCCCAUGGUGACGGCUGGCGCUCGCGCCAUCGGCUUCAACCUGUAUACAGCGGUCACCAACACGGGCCCCACCCACAAGAAGCUGGGCGAGUUCGGCGCACGCAUCCAGGAGACAUUCAGGUGGCAGCGGCACGCCAUGCUCGUGUUCAGUGACAACAAAGACGCCAAUGACGACCGGCCGUGUUACUUCGCCGUGGAGGGUCUGUACGACCUACUGGGCAAACGCAACAUCACCAUCCGGGACCACCUGAUCGAGGCCGAUAACGUCGACUACAAGGCGGCGGUGCAGGAGAUCCGCGACAACGGCAGAGUGGUGUACCUCUGCUGCUCCUGGGACAUCUUCAGGACUCUGAUGGUCCACUUGUGGAGGGAGGGGGUGGAGCUGGAGGACUAUGUCUUCUUCUUCAUCGAUCUGUUUGCAGAGGGGUUGGGCGGCGGUGGCCCGGUCCGGCCAUGGUCCAGAGGGGACGAGGACGACCACGCCGCCCGCCUCGCCUUCAGGAGUGUGAAGGUGUUGACCUACCUGGAGCCACAGAAUCCAGAAUAUCUUCAGUUUGUUGAAACUCUAAAGAACGACGCAAAGAGAAUGUUCAACUUCACCAUCAAAGACUCUCUGUACAACCUGAUUGCUGGAGGUUUCUACGAUGGAGUGAUGCUGUACUCUCAGGCUCUGAACGAGACCCUGAGCCAGCAGGGACCAGGACCAGGAGCUCUUGGGGGAGUUCAGAGGCCCCGAGGAGACGCUGUGACCCGCAGGAUGUGGAACAGGACGUUCCCAGGGGUGAUGGGGAUGGUGGAGAUGGACGAGUUCGGGGACAGACAGAUGGACUUCGCUGUGUGGGACAUGACGAACAUUGACUCUGGAGAGUUUCAGGUGGUGUGUGUCUACAACAGCAGCAUGAAGCAGCUGCUGCUGCAGGAAGGUCUGAGCUUCCAGUGGCCUGGAGGUUCUCCACCUGCAGACAUUCCUGAGUGUGGCUUCAAGAACGACAACCCAGCGUGCCACGCACGAACAGUCACGAUGCAUCAGAUGAUUUCCAUGGUGAUCUGCUUCGUCUUUGUCAUCAUCGUCACCGUCACCGUGUUUAUCUACAGGAAGUUGAAGCUGGAGAGCGAGCUGGCAGCUCAGCUGUGGAGAGUUUGUUGGGACGACGUCCAGAUGAGUAACCUGGAUAAAGUUCUGAGGAGAGCCUGCAGCAGACUCACCAUGUCUCUGAAAGGAUCCAACUACGGCUCACUGAUGACCAUGGAGGGAAACUUCCAGAUCUACACCAAGACUGGAUACUACAAGGGAAACCUGGCAGCCAUCAAGUACAUCAACAAGAAACGCAUCGAACUGACUCGGAAGGUUCUGUUUGAACUGAAGCAUAUGCGAGAUGUUCAGAAUGAACACCUGACGCGCUUCAUCGGCGCCUGCCUGGACCCACCCAACAUGUGCAUCAUCACUGAAUACUGUCCUAGAGGCAGCCUUCAGGACUUGAUGGAGAGUGACAGCAUUACACUGGAUUGGAUGUUCAGAUACUCUCUCAUUAAUGACAUCGUCAAGGGGAUGGCAUUUAUCCACAACAGCGUCAUCGUCUCCCAUGGCAAUCUGAAGUCGUCCAACUGCGUGGUGGACAGUCGCUUUGUCCUUAAAAUCACAGACUACGGACUGCAGAGUCUGAGGACGAGCAGCUGUCCUGAAGACACACACGCCUACUACGCACGGAAGCUGUGGACAGCUCCAGAGCUGCUGAGGACAGACUGUCCUCCCCUCUGUGGGACUCAGCGGGGGGACGUCUACAGCUUCGGGGUGAUUCUGCAGGAGGUGGCUCUGCUCAGAGGAGUUUUCUACCUGGACUCUCAGUCCCUCAGCCCCAAAGAGAUAGUCCAGGCGGUGUCUCAGGGUGGUGUCCCUCCUCUUCGUCCGUCCCUUUGUGUCCACAGUCACAGUGAGGAGCUUGGUGUCCUGAUGCAGCGCUGCUGGAGUGAAGAGCCGAGCGAGAGACCGGACUUUAACACCGUCAAGAUCCUGCUGAGGAAGCAGCACAGAGGUUAUGGUUCUAACAUCCUGGACAACCUUCUGUCUCGGAUGGAGCAGUACGCCAACAACCUGGAGGAGCUGGUGGAGGAACGAACUCAAGCUUAUCAUGAGGAGAAACGCAAGGCUGAGGCUCUGUUGUACCAGAUACUACCACAUUCUGUAGCGGAGCAGCUGAAACGAGGUGAGACGGUUCAGGCCGAAGCUUUCGAUUCUGUCACCAUCUACUUCAGCGACAUUGUUGGCUUCACCGCACUGUCUGCUGAGAGCACGCCACUGCAGGUUGUGACCUUGUUAAACGACCUCUACACCUGCUUCGACGCCAUCAUUGACAACUUCGAUGUUUACAAGGUGGAGACGAUUGGCGACGCCUACAUGGUGGUGUCUGGCCUGCCAGUGAGGAAUGGGAAGCUCCACGGUCGGGAAGUUGCCCGAAUGUCGCUCGCACUGCUAGAUGCCGUCAAGAGCUUUAGAAUCCGACACCGAGCUGAACAGCAGCUGUGGCUGCGCAUCGGCAUCCACAGUGGUCCAGUGUGUGCUGGUGUGGUUGGAUUGAAGAUGCCCAGGUACUGUCUUUUUGGAGACACAGUCAACACAGCGUCACGCAUGGAGUCCACCGGCGAGGCUCUAAAAAUUCAUGUGUCAGAGGCGACUCGUCAGGUUCUGCAGGAGUGCAGCUGCUUCCAGCUGCAGCUUAGAGGAGAGAUCGAGGUGAAGGGAAAAGGACGCAUGAGGACGUACUGGCUACUGGGAGAGAGCAACAGUAACUGAUGGAGGACUGAUGGAGGCCUGCCUUCCCUCUGAUUGGACGUCACCUGUGACAUCAUUUAAAGUGCCGCUACACUGACUGAACUUGUUUCACCAAAAACAAACUGACAGAUGAAUGUUUCACUGUAAAGUCACUUACCAGAAAAAAAAGUUGUGUAAAUACA